CGCGGCGGCGGCGGUCGCGUGACGGCCCGGCCGGGCGCUGCUCGCCAAGAUGGCGGACGAGGAGGGCGAAGCGCGGCCGCGCUCGGCGGCGCCGCCCCGGGACAGCGGCGGGGAGGGGGCCCCGGUGGGCCCCGGCGGUCCCCGCGUCGUCCGCAUCGUCAAAUCGGAGUCCGGCUACGGCUUCAACGUCCGCGGUCAAGUGAGCGAGGGCGGGCAGCUGCGGAGCAUCAACGGCGAGCUGUACGCCCCGCUGCAGCAUGUCAGCGCCGUGCUGGGCGGCGGGGCUGCCGACCGCGCCGGGGUGCGCAAGGGGGACCGCAUCCUGGAGGUGAACGGGGUGAACGUCGAAGGAGCCACACACAAGCAAGUGGUGGACCUGAUCCGCGCGGGAGAGAAGGAGUUAAUCCUGACGGUGCUGUCGGUGCCUCCCCACGAGGCGGAUAACCUGGAUCCCAGCGACGACUCCUUGGGCCAGUCCUUCUAUGACUACACGGAGAAGCAGGCCGUGCCCAUCUCCAUCCCCACCUACAAGCACGUGGAGCAGAACGGCGAGAAGUUUGUGGUGUACAACGUUUACAUGGCGGGCCGGCAGCUCUGCUCCAAGCGGUACCGGGAAUUCGCCAUCCUGCACCAGAACCUGAAACGGGAAUUCGCCAACUUCACCUUCCCGCGCCUGCCGGGGAAGUGGCCCUUCUCCCUGUCGGAGCAGCAGCUGGAUGCGCGGCGGCGAGGGCUGGAGGAGUACCUGGAGAAAGUGUGUUCCAUACGUGUCAUUGGGGAGAGCGACAUCAUGCAGGAGUUCCUGUCGGAGUCGGACGAGAACUACAACGGUGUCUCGGAUGUGGAGCUCCGGGUGGCGUUACCAGACAUCACAGCCGUGACAGUACGAGUCAAGAAGAACAGCACGACAGACCAGGUGUACCAGGCUGUGGCUGCCAAGGUUGGGAUGGACAGUAUUACUGCAAACUACUUUGCCUUGUUUGAAGUGAUCAAUCACUCCUUCGUGCGCAAACUGGCGCCCAACGAAUUCCCCCACAAACUCUACGUGCAGAACUACACCUCGGCUGUGCCGGGGACGUGCCUGACCAUCCGGAAAUGGCUCUUCACUACAGAGGAGGAGGUUCUCCUCAACGACAACGACCUGGCCGUCACCUACUUCUUCCAUCAGGCUGUUGAUGAUGUCAAGAGAGGCUACAUCAAAGCAGAGAAGUCCUACCAGUUACAGAAGCUGUGUGAGCAGAGAAAGAUGGUCCUGUAUUUAAACAUGUUAAGGACGUGUGAGGGCUACAACGAGAUCAUCUUCCCCCACUGCUCCUGUGACUCCCGGCGGAAGGGCCACGUCAUCACAGCCAUCAGCAUCAAGCACUUUAAACUCCACGCCUGCACCGAGGAGGGGCAGCUGGAGAACCAGGUAAUAGCAUUCGAAUGGGACGAGAUGCAGCGGUGGGACACGGACGAGGAGGGAAUGGCCUUUUGCUUUGAGUACGCACGAGGAGAGAAGAAACCCCGAUGGGUUAAAAUCUUCACCCCCUAUUUCAACUACAUGCACGAGUGCUUCGAACGGGUUUUCUGCGAGCUGAAGUGGAGGAAGGAGGUGGAGGAGGAGGCAGCAGACAAGGAUAACAGGAACUGCAGUAAAGACAAUAUGUGCAGCAAGAACAUCUUUCAGAUGGUCAGGUCACAGCAGAGGGACGCGGCCACUUAGCCCCCGUCCCGUUCCCCCCCCCGGCCAGGAUGAACGCAGCCCCCCCCCCCCCCCCCUUAACACUUAAAAUUCUGUUAUUGUAUUAAAGCCCUUAAACUAAAUAUUAUUAAUAAUAA